AUGGCCGUGUCGUGGUACUCUGUGUUUGCGGCUAUACCGCCAUACUUUUGGGGUUAUUUGGGUGUAUUUCUGUCGCUUGGACUUUCCGUAUUAGGUUCAGCAUGUUACUCAUCAAACGGUGUAACUGACCGACUCUAUGGAGAUAUCUAUAUCUUCUUCAGGGGUAUACUGUUAUGUGGUCCUUCUAUCAUGGGCGGUUCUGUCAAGGCGCCACGUAUCACAGUGAAGAACCUGGUAUCAGUAAUUUUUUGUGAAGCUGUUGGUAUCUACGGGCUUAUCGUGUCGGUACUUCUCAUCAAUGCUGCGAUGCAGUUCACUUUUACACCACGUCCUGAGAACUUCGACACUGACGUUAAAGUGACAGUGGAGUACUUCGUCGAAGUUUACCGUGGUUACGCAUUGUUCGCUGUUGGUUUGGCCGCUGGUUUGUGCAACCUCUUUUGCGGAUCUGCGGAUUACAAUUCGUUAAUAUGGACCCUUGGUAAAUGUUUCGAACGUGUAAAGGUAACCAAACCCUCGAGUAGUCGUAACGUAUCUGCUGAGAUUUUUGCUGUAUGUAUUGGGUUUCGUACCCUAAAGGCACUCGAUCCCAAACUGUUCAAUUGUGACCAUGUGUUCAUCUCUCAAGGCAAGGCUGAGGAAGAUGAUGCCGAUCAGGAAACUUCAAAGGUUACUUCUUUGAAUCAGUUGUUACGUCAACGUAAGAAGGUGAACAAGCAGGGUUACGAGGAGGGUGAUGAUUUCCGUGAGCAUAGCGUGUUGGACUUUUUAACCACGGAUAAUCCUCCACAGAUGCUGAUAUCGACACAUCGUUUUGUGUUCAAACCUCGUAACACAGAUGAUGUGGAAUCUGCUGAGAAGGAUGCUGCUUUACUAAAAGCUGUAGAUAACAGCCCUUUGACAACCGAAGAGAUCAGGCUACUAUGUUCUGACUUGAAGGUUGCAGGUCGUUCUGAUUUACAGCAUCUGUUGAAAUGGCGUCAAAAGUUGCGUCGUGAGUUUUUAUCUGAUACUAAAGAACCUGUUGCACCUAAAGCUGUUGUUGAUAAAGAGGAUGAUGGUGAAGAUGACAAAGGUGACAGUGAGGAUGCUUUGCGUAUGCAACAGCUUGAAGUUGCAGAUCGACUGCGUAAGGAUCGUCGUCGUGCUGAGCGUAAGAAGCGUCGUGCUUUGAUGAAACAUAAGAAAGCUAUGGCCGGUAACUCUGUGAUUUUGGACACCGACCCUAGUAUGUUCAGGUUGAGUGUUCUUAAGGGCCUGGAUAUCGAUGAGUUAGACGAUGAUAGCGAUGAUUCUGCAUCAGACACUCCAAAACAUGUUGCUCAGGGUACCGGUCAGCCUGGUGACCAUGUUUACGAUGACUCAGAAGUGGAGAGAUACGAUUCUGAUAGUGGUGACUCUAUGGAGCUGGAAUUUGAAACUGAUGAUGAGGAUGACAAGGUGCUUAACAUGGAGAUCGACCUGGAGUUAAAUCAUGAGAUGUCUAAGCUCGCAGAAGCCGAACGUAAGAAAUCAGCUAAGAAGCUUACUCGACGUCAGCGUGUGAAUGCUGAGCGUGGUGCUGAGCUUUCAUCCCUUCUUGAGAGUAUGCAAUACGAGGCGCGUCUAAAGGCUCAGCAAGAGCUCCAGGAAUCGGAGGAUGAAGCUAAAUCAGACUCUUCGGACGAUGACAACGAUUCCGGUGACGUAUCUUCUGCUGGUAGUGAUGAUGAGGUUUCAGAACCAUCUCAAUCAGUUGAUAAGCCGUCAUCGUCUAAAUCUGAUGUUAACUCUAAGCGAGCUAUGGAGGAUGCUAUGGUCGAUCGUUGGUUUGAUCAGGACGUAUUCCAUGACCAGCCUCGUGAGACUGCGCGUAAGCAGAAGAAGAAAGAGUCCAAGACUGUGAAAGGUUCUAAGAAGGAACCUACGUUUACUGUGGUUCCUGCUGUAUCAGAUGCUGACACUGUAGAUCGUGUGCGUAACGCCGUUGAAGUUGAGCUUUCUCGUGACAAGGACACGAUAGCUGAGGUUCAAGCAAUGGGUUCUUUACUCAUUAACAAGGACACUCGGAUGGCAGUAAUCGACGGUGCGUACAACCGUCGUACAUUUGACGACGGUGACUUGCCUUCAUGGUUUGAGGCGGACGAGAAGAAGCACAGUAACUAUGAGCUUCCUGUGACUAAGGAAUUGAUGAAGCGUUAUAAGGCUAAGCUUUAUGAAUUGAAGAAUCGUCCUAUUCGUAAAGUUUUGGAAGCUCGUGGUCGUCGUAAAUUACGUGUUGAGCGUAAGCUGAAGAGUAUUUUGCCUCGGGUGGAGGCGUUGCAGAACAGUGAGACAGCCAGUGCAAGUACGGCUCGUAAGUUACUUCGUAAGGUGAAGCAUACUGCCUCUAACAAGCGUGAUAAGGUGUAUGUGGUAUCCCGUCGUGGCGGUUCCACCUCCACUUCAUCUGGCGGUAGCAAGGGUUCUCGUAAGGUGACCAAGGCUGUAGACAAGCGUAUGAAGAAGGACAAUGUGCGGCAGAAGCGUAAGCCCAAAUCACGUUCACAUUUGUUCGGUAGGAUUCCUUCGUCCGCUGAUGGUUCCUCUGGCGUUGUGGACUCCGGCGAAUCGAAUACUGAAAAAAAUAAUUAUAACGAAGUGUCAUUUGAUGAUAUUGGCGAUGACUUUUUUCUUGAUCCAUCUUCAGCGGCUUGCGCGUCUGAUCAAGUGUUAGAAUCUGAGCCUGUUGAGCCGUCAACACCGCCUUCUGCCGCUCAGGCUGCGAGAAUAGCUGAACUGGAAACUGAAGUACGGCUACUACGUGCUCAAAAUGCUCAACUUAUUGUCAAUUCAUGUGCUUUGUACAACACAUUAAUGCAGCAUAUCGAGAAGCUACGUUCGGCCUCUAAAGAGCGUUCAGCUACUACAAAGCCGUCAGUGGAUACGCCAAGUGUGCCCUCAUCUGCUAGAAGUAGCCGUCGAAAGUAA